UUUUAUAUCAAAGAUGCUAUAUAUGGUCAAGUCAUAAUCUAUCAUAUACCGGUAUAUCUAGCACUCGCAUGGUGAGAUGCAAAAAAUCAAUCUGGAAUGACGAGGAUAGAUGUUUCAAUAAGGCGUGUGCUUUUCAUUCUCACUACUACUGCGGCGUUGACCAGAAGGGUGUGGUAAACUAAAAGAUGGCCGACUCCGACGAAAUAGCUGCUCUGGUGAUUGACAAUGGUUCGGGGAUGUGCAAGGCAGGAUUUGGGGGAGAUGAUGCCCCACGGUCCGUGUUUCCUUCUAUAAUUGGGAGACCCCGGCAUCAGGGUGUGAUGAUCGGAAUGGGACAGAAAGACAGCUAUGUGGGAGAAGAGGCGCAAUCCAAAAGAGGAAUCUUGACCCUAAAAUACCCCAUUGAGCACGGCAUCGUCACAAACUGGGACGACAUGGAAAAGGUGUGGCAUCACACUUUCUAUAAUGAGUUAAGGGUGGCGCCAGAGGAGCAUCCCGUCUUACUGACCGAAGCUCCAAUGAAUCCAAAGGCAAACCGAGAAAAGAUGCUACAAAUCAUGUUCGAAACUUUCAACACGCCGGCCUUUUAUGUGGCAAUUCAGGCAGUCCUAUCGUUGUAUGCUUCCGGUAGGACGACUGGAAUCGUUCUGGAUUCGGGUGAUGGAGUCACCCAUACGGUUCCAAUCUACGAGGGUUACGCCCUUCCCCAUGCCAUAACCAGGCUUGACCUAGCAGGGCGGGAUUUGACCGACUAUAUGAUGAAGAUUAUGACAGAGAGAGGUUACUCAUUUACUACAACCGCUGAAAGGGAAAUUGUCCGGGAUGUCAAAGAGAGACUAUGUUACGUGGCUUUGGAUUUUGAUGACGAUAUGGCUAAAGCGGCUACCAGCUCCGUCCUUGAGAAAAACUAUGAACUCCCAGAUGGUCAGGUCAUCACCAUUGGCAACGAGCGAUUCCGUUGUCCAGAAGCACUGUUCCAACCAUCCUUUGUUGGCAUGGAAAUGACAGGGAUCCAUGAGGCCACUUACGACUCAAUUAUGAAAUGCGAUGUCGAUAUUAGGAAAGACCUCUAUUCUAACAUCGUUCUCUCAGGAGGAACAACAAUGUUCCCUGGAAUUGGGGAUCGAAUGAGUCAAGAGAUCGCCAGCCUUGCUCCACCAAACAUCAAGGUCAAAGUCGUGGCGCCACCAGAGCGGAAAUACUCGGUUUGGAUAGGCGGGUCGAUUUUAGCUUCUUUAUCCACUUUUCAACAGAUGUGGAUCAGCAAACAAGAGUAUGACGAAAGCGGGCCUGGCAUCGUGCACAGAAAAUGUUUUUAGACUAUAGAGAAUUGCAACUGUAAUUUCAUCAUGAUUUGAUGCAAUGCAUAAAAUGCAAAUAUGGUUUAAGAAUUAUCUUUUCAUUUUCGAUAUGUGAAUGGGUGAAUUAAAAACGACUGUAAACAUUCAGCAAUUAGCUUGCUCAAAAAGCACCAUUUCAAGCAUUGUCGAACAAAAAACCCUUUCUGUUGUUUUCAUUCUUUAUAUUGAAAUCAU